UUUUCUCCGUCUAACUUUACAUAUUUUUGAACGUUUUUCAUUCUGCAUUUGUCCUUCUUUUCUUUUUCUUCUUUCCUCUCUUCUUGUUGUACACUCAACCUUGCUGCACUCAACCGUCCUUUAAAAUUAAUUUUCUUUUCUUCUUUUCUUCUUUUCACUUCUACUAUUUUACCUAAAUAUUUCAAAAUGUAAACAAAUAAAUAAUAUUUCAAAAUAUGUACCAUCUUUCAUGACACUAACAAAUUGUCCACAAAGAAAAAUUUUUUUAAAAUGUCGAGUGAUUGGGAAAAAAAAUUUAUUUUUUGAUUUCAUUUCAAAUUUUCUGAAAUUCUAGAAAUGUUUUCUUCAUUUAAGUCAAAAUGGAAAAAAUCUCCAGAUUUAAUAGACAAUUUAGAAAGCGGUUUAACUCCAGAAGAGGUGCAAAAAGAAAGGGCAGAAUAUGUUCAAAAUAUUGGAAUUGAAUAUAGAUAUGGGUGUUAUGAAGAAAAACAGCCAGAAUCUUGUCAACUUCUCGGAGAAUAUUUCGAAGCUAUUGAAAAGAAAUAUGAAGAGGCUUUUAAACUUUUUGCUGAAAAUUGUGAAAAACGAAAAUGGCCAAGAAGUUGUUAUAAAUAUGCUACUUAUUGUCUUGCUGGGAAAGCAACAGAGCCGAGUUAUGAAAAGGCCUUUCCUCCUUUAGAAAUUGCCUGUAACGGAAAUAUACCCAAAGCCUGUAAACGACUUUCCCAGCUUUAUUGGAUGGCCGCUUCUGCUCCAAAUAAUCAACCAAAUACUUCUAAAGCUGUUGAAUUAAUGAGAAAAUCAUGUGAAUUAGAGGAUUAUCAAUCUUGUUGGACUCUUAGCAAUUGGUAUUUGGGCCCAGAUGCAAAAUUCGCCAAAAUAAAAACAAAAAGAGGAAUUACACGAGAACCAAAUAUUGGCGAAACUGGUUCUAUCGAAAAAGAUGCAAAUAAAGCUUUGGAAUAUGGAUUAAUUGCUUGUGAUAAUGGAAAUGUUUUGGAGGCCUGUUCAAAUGUUGCUAGAAUGUAUUAUAUUGGUGAUGGUAUCCCCAAAGAUAUUGAAAAAGCAAAACAUUACAAAGAAAGAGCAAAAGAAUUAAAAUUAAUGUUGAGAAGAGGAUGGACACCUGGACUGACUGGAUAA